UGUUGCAAUUGUUUUUGCUUUGGGCCAGAUCUUUUGGCGAAGCAUGAACCGUGUUUGGCGUUCGGUGUUUCUCUUCACGCUUUCCUGCCUCUGGCUUUGUUACCAUCUCUCGUUUAAUUCUACCAACACUUGAGCUGUUUGUGCUCAGUUGUCAGACUACACGGGUAUGAGCUGUAGCACUGAGGAAUCUUGAAAUAUCUUUUCUUCUCAAGCUAUAGCUUUACAUUUUUGCAGCUGUCAGUGUGYCCACACCUGUGUGUUUCGUAGCACUUGACACAAUUGACAUUAAUUCAUCCAAAUUAUUUUUUUCCAGAUUCCAGACACGUGAACAGUUUAGCAAGUCUGACAGCAGUGAGUUCCACAGGAUUUCUGUGUGAUUGUCAUUGUGCUGUACCACAGCGAAGAGGUAUUUUUCACUUCAAGAUACCUUGCAUUAAAAGAUCAUGGUAGACAGUUUAAUAGUUUCCUUGAGACUUCUCAGUUCCCUAGCAGUGCUGGGAUUUCAGUUUGUCAUCCCACAGCCCUCAAUUGAACACAGAAAGGUUCCGCAGAGGAUAGAAGAACAAGGAGAUGCUCCUGAGGACAGCAGUGCGGGAGUGCCCGGCCUGUGGGGCAGCUGGGGGCCCUGGUCCGCCUGUUCGCGGAGCUGCAGCGGGGGGGUGAUGGAGCAGACGCGGCCCUGCCUGCCCGCCUAUUACCGGGAGCGSGGCUACCGCCGCCCGGGCCGCCACUUCCCGGCCUCGGACAGGGCGAGCGCCCACCACAGCRCCCACCACGAGGACUCGCUGUCCGCCUACCCCGGCCACGUCAUUUCUGCCAUCCGCACCUCCGUGCCGCUCCACAGGAGCGAGGAGCAGCACUGGGCUGGGCUCCGGGCCGCCUCCCCCGGGGCGCGGAACAGCAGCCAGGGCGGCMGGGCGGCCCUCAGGGGCAGCCGGCACUCGCAGGCCCCGCGCCACAGCGCCAAGCCCGAAAAGAGAAACAGAAACAGAAACCCUAUUGGUCCAGGAAAGUAUGGAUAUGGAAAAGUGCCAUACAUUUUACCUUUGCAAACUGAUACUGGGCAGCAGCCUCAGAAGCUGCGCAGGCAGCGGCAGUCGUCGAGGAAUCACCUAUUCCACCAGAGUCCGAGUCUCAUGAGCCCCUACAGCCAGGCAGCUGCUCCUUCACUGCAGCACAGGAGUCUUUAUCAAGAAGCAAGUGAGCCUCAGGCGGGACCCCAAGUCCUGGGGCCCUCAGUUUAUCAGUCACCUUCAUUUCCUGURUCUCAAAGUCUGUUCCAUGGCAGUGACUCCAACCCCCAUGGCCCUGCCUCCCACCAGGCCCUGCAGGGRCAGCCCCAGCCCCAGAGAGCUGCAGCCAUCGUGUGCAUUGGCGCCUACAAGCAAUAUAAACUCUGCAAYACAAAUAUGUGUCCCGAAAGCAGCAGAAAUAUUAGAGAGGUACAAUGUGCAUCAUACAAUAACAAGCCAUUUAUGGGUCGAUUUUAUGAAUGGGAACCUUUUGCAGAAGUGAAGGGGAGUCAGAAGUGUGAGCUGAAYUGCCGGGCCAUCGGCUACCGCUUCUACGUGCGCCAGGCAGAGACAGUGAUCGAUGGCACCCCCUGUGACCCCAACGGRACUGCCAUCUGUGUGGCAGGGCAGUGCAAGAACAUUGGCUGUGACGACUAUCUGGGUUCUGACAAGGUGAUUGACAAGUGUGGAAUAUGUGGAGGGGACAACACUGCUUGCAAGGUUGUGUCUGGAGUUUUCAAACACACGCUAACAAAUCUUGGCUACCACAAGAUAGUGGAAAUUCCCGAAGGAGCUACUAAAAUCAACAUUACUGAGAUGUCAAAGAGCAACAACUAUUUGGCCCUGCGCAGCCGCUCGGGACGCUCCAUCAUCAACGGGAACUGGGCCAUCGACCGCCCGGGCAGAUACGAAGGUGGUGGGACAAUGUUCACUUACAGACGCCCCAAUGAGAUCUCCAGCACAGCAGGGGAGUCGUUUCUUGCUGAUGGGCCAACAAAUGAAGUCCUUGAUGUCUAUAUGAUACAUCAGCAGCCUAACCCGGGUAUACAUUAUGAAUAUAUCAUUCCAGGAGACAAUGUCAUUAGUCCUCAGUUGCUUGCUCACAGGAGGCCAGGGGAGCCACUGAAUGGUCAAUUAGGAAUGCCAGAAAGUACAAGUCAUGAGGAUGAGGAUUUGCAUAGAGAGACAGACAUUCUCACUGGACAGUCAGCUGGAACUUUUCCAGUUAUUCAGCCAGGAAGAUUUCCUUCUCAUCAGCCAGAAAACCARGUGCCUGCUAUGCAACCACCAAGACAAAACCGAGAACACAACUGGAAACAGGUUGGAAAAACUGAGUGUACUACUACAUGUGGGAAAGGAUCACAGUACCCAAUUUUCCACUGCGUCAACAGAAUCACUCACGAGGAGGUACCCGAGGGUUACUGUGACAGCAGUACCAAGCCCAUUCCCGAAGAGGAGGCCUGCAACCUCUUCCCAUGUCCAGCUUUCUGGGAUAUAGGUGAGUGGUCUGAGUGCAGCAAGACCUGUGGGCUCGGGAUGCAGCACCGCCAGAUCCUGUGCCGGCAGAUCUACGCCAACCGCACGCUAACGGUGCAGCAGUACCGCUGCCAGCACUUGGAGAAACCCGACACAACCAGCACCUGCCAGCUGAAGAUCUGCAGCGAGUGGCAGAUCAGGACAGAGUGGACUUCAUGUUCAGUGCCCUGUGGAGUGGGGCAGAGGACUAGAGAUGUGAAAUGUGUCAGCAACCUUGGGGACGUUGUUGAUGAUGAGGAAUGUAACAUGAAGCUGCGGCCAAAUGACAUCGAGAACUGCGACAUGGGCCCCUGUGCCAAGAGCUGGUUCCUUACAGAAUGGAGUGACAGGUGCUCUGCAGAGUGUGGGGACGGGAUCCGCACGCGCUCAGUGGUUUGCAUGACCAACCAUGUCAGCAGUUUGCCUCUGGAAGGCUGUGGCAACAACAGACCCUUGGAAACAACUCCCUGCAAUAAUGGGCCCUGUGCUGGGAAAGUGGAGUGGUUUGCUGGGGGCUGGACACAGUGCUCUACUGAAUGYGGUAGUGGAACUCAACAGAGAGAAGUAAUUUGUGUUAGGAAAACUGAAGGUAAUUUUGAUGUUUUGGAUCCCCAUGAAUGUUCRUAUUUGGAAAAACCUCCCAGCCAGCAAUCCUGCUACCUCAAACCAUGUGGAUCUAAGUGGUUUCAUACAGAAUGGAGCACAUGUUCCAARUCCUGUGAAGGAGGAUUUCGAGUACGGGAGGUGCGGUGUCUAACGGAUGACAUGGCAGCCAGUACUCAGUGUGAUCCACAGCUCAAACCUGAAGAGAAAGAACAAUGUAAUACACAGGAUUGUGUCCCUGAAAUAGAUGAGAACUGCAAGGAUAAAUACUACAACUGCAACGUGGUGGUUCAGGCCCGGCUCUGUGUCUACACCUAUUACAAAACAGCCUGUUGUGCUUCCUGUACCCGUGUUGCAAACAGACAGUCGGGCUUCCUGGGCCGGAGAUAACAACAACUGCUCUGCUCAAAACACCAGUGGCACUCUUCACACGGAGCUCCAACAGUGCUACUGCUUUGACUGCAGCAGUUAGAGCUUCUUAGAGAUGGGGUUUAUAUUGCUGAGUGCAUCAAGACUAUGGUUAAAUCUCACACCCKUUCAGUUACAGUUAUUUGCAAUUAUCUCUUUAAGAUGUUUGUUGUAAAAUCGUGGGGGUUUUUUUAAGCAUUCAUUUUUAAUGAUACUGUUWUUUGCACCUGCUCAUCAGAUAAUUAUUUAAGGAACAUAUCAGCCUUAAGAUUGUGAAAUUMAUGAAAACUAAAAUCAAUUGCAGGCAAUUAUUGGAGAUAGUUGACCAAUAUAGAUGCAGCUGCUCCAUUAUUUUCUGAGUGCUUACUUUUUACUUGGUAUUUUGAACUGCCUUGAGUUAGAAUGACUAAAUCAGUGAAACAUGUGCAUGAAAAAAGUUAUUUCUCAAAGAACCAGUCCCUUGAAAACCAUUUAUCAUCCAUUUCUUAGCACUCUAAAGUAUAYUUUUAAUAAUAUAUUUUUAACUACUUCAGUCCAUUCAUAAUAAAUCACUGUUAAGCUCUCUCAGUUGUACUUCUAACUAAUGUCCUGUCCUCAGUCAGCAAAUAUAUACAUGCUUGACUGCCAGAAGGUGCCUUUAUAUUCAAUUCAUAAACUCAUGAAGAUAAYUUCUAUAAUUUUGUAUGGAUUUUAAAAUACAUGACUUACCAGAGGGACACUAGUGUCUAACCCUUUAAAACUUUAACAACUGCACCUGUCAGUGAGACAGGUUAACCAGAAAGGUGAAGAGCCUUUGCUGGURUAAAAAGUGAUUGUUUCCUUUGGUGAGGUCUCUUUUAUAUGAGGAAGUUAUUUCAGCARACUGGGAUCUUGCCUAAUUCUUGUCUCUGCACUAUUGUUUAACAAUUACCAAACCAAAGUACUUUGUCCAGACCUAGUCUGGAUAUGUCAGCAGUUUCUGAAAGAGCCACCAAAGGAUCCAGGCCUGCGUGCCUUAUUGCAGUCCGUUACUCCUGGUGUCAGGCAGCGGUAUGCGUCUAGUAGCUGAGUAUCUGCAGAAAUGGGAUCUUAGCUAUUGACAUUCUUCAGGUUUUGAUCAGUUAUUAUGACAUAGUGUCUUUUUUUACUCASUGUUUCAUUGCACAGAUCUAUUCAUACCACUCCUUGUCUAUUACUCAAGAACGGCUGCGAACUUAGAGCUGAAUUUAAGUGGUGAUUUUUCAUUUCUGCAAUUACUGUACUCAGCCUUGGGACUUGCUAAAAGCAAAUAGUAUAUUAUACAGUGAAGGUGAGGUUUUGCAUUAUCUACAUGUUCUCUAGGCUUUACUUGAGAGGUCUUUCAAAUGUGUAAAUAAGGCUGAGGGAAAAAAAUAAACCCGUCUGCUUAUUCAGCUGUUUAUCACAGCAUAUUGCUUGUAAAUGAGUGAUGCCCAUCUCUGCAUCUGUUCCUAAGGUGCCUGAUGUCUGAGUUGUGAAACAGCUGUAAUAAUCUAUAUUCAGUCAGUCCUAUAGAUGUGGUUAAGGUAUCCUGCUACUGAUGGCAGAGCCAUGUUUGAGCCUCAUUGUGUAUCCUUUUCUUACUGCUUUGGUGGAGAGGAUGUGACAAGGGAGUGGAAUGCUGAAGAGGCAAAGGUUGCUGGUGUGGUACCUGGGAGCCACAGGAAGGUGGAAUUCCUGUAGUCUACAAGCUGCCUUGCAUUGAGGUAAACCAUUGAAAGUUUUGAUUUGGUCACUCUUGAAAAACGUGUUUUGGACAUGAUGAACUACUACUGUUUGGCUMCAUGAAAUGAAGAAGUGUUUCCCCUAAAAUUUGAAGGUACUCUUUUUGACUAUAAAUCRUUGUGUGUCAGCCAGUAAUGUCAUUGACUGUUUGUGUACACCUUGACUUGGGCUUUUUCACUGUAAAUAAUAGAUAUAAAGUUGUUAGAAUCAGAAAUUCUAAUUCUAGGAAACUUCUAAUUCAAGUUCAUCAAUCUUCCCUUGUAUUAUAAAGAUUUGUCCAUGAAAAUAACUUAAAGGUUUGUUAUCAUAUUAUAUUUCUUAGAUUCUUAACUGAAGAAUGAUAUGGAGAAAGUGCAGUGUAAACAAUUCUGGAAUCCAGUACUUCUGAAUACAAAUUUUCAUCUGUGAAUCUCAUUGCAGCAAAUCUUGACAUAAAUUAUAUAAUUUUUGCUGUUGUCUCUUUCGUCCCAAGGAAGUGUUUCCUGUCAGCUUGAGGGAAAUACCUGUCCUGUUUCAUAAAAAGGCUUCCUGAAAACCCCAAGGCCAAUAAGAUGCAGAGAUAAUCAGGUUUGAAGUCAGUCCAUAGGACAAAUGCUUCUUUCACACGCUUUGGCUGUGWGACCAUCAGUGACUCAGCACAUAGACAGAUCCACCUAUUUUGUAAAAUCUGUUCUUUUGCUCURGAGUAUAUGGCCAUUAGCUUAUUUUAUGAAGAGGAUCAUCUUGUAGGCUCUACUAAGCUGCUACUAAAGGAAACAGUGUCUGUGACAGCUGUCAAAGAAUAUAUAAAUACACAUAGCAGUAUCACCCUGUAUUACAUCUAACGUAUGCAGCUUUGUGAAUUGAAUGUAGUGAGGUAUGGUUAUAUAAAUUGUACUGUUUUCAAAGUUAAGAGUUAUUUUUCAGAUGUACCAGAGAAAUCAAAGAAAAAAGAGGUUUUACCUAAUUAAACACAUAAUGGCAAAGAAAGUUCCAGAAUGCUGCUGGACUUAAUCAUUUAUCACCUCUUCUCAUAUGUCAGCAUUAUUAAAAUAGUURUUCCUGUAAAAUGAACUAAUGAGCCCUUUUCUUCAGCACUUUGAUAUACUAAUAUUGUCUGCACAAAGUAAGAGCUGUGCUAAGAUUCACCAUCUCACAAGCAUAGUUUUGAAAUUGUGCCUAUAGCAAGUGUUUGUUCUAGUGGAACAGUGCCCCAAUUUAAGAUGAUGCCUGCAGAGGAUCUGAGUUUACUUUCCAUAAUUCAAAGGUGGCCUUAAUGAAUGUAGUAGACUUAGAGCAGAUAUGAAAACAGUAUAAAUAAGAAAUGAUGCAUAUUAUCAAUUGCAAAUAUCAAUUAUGCAAACUUUGAUUUUAAAUGUUUUAAUUUCUCUUUCUGGCAUUUUAACAUCAGUCAAAAUCAUGCAGAACAGUGGAAAAAUGCUUCUUUGCCUUGAAGAUGCCUUAUAAAAUCCAGGAAUACCACAGUAAGUUAAAUACUUUAUUUAAAGAGACCAGCUGCUUAUGGGGUAAAAUCUGCAUACAAUUUUCAUGUCUUAGAGACUUGCAGCUGGCUAAAAUCAGCUUCAUCCAGGGCAGGCUCUGUGUCUCAAAGCACUUUUCUUUUGGAAUUGAGGAUUCCUGGUACAGUUUGUCAACUUGCCAAGAGUCCAUCAGGGUUUACUAGCUCCUGUGCAAUGUCACUUUCAAGCAUUUGUUGGUAGAAUUCCUUGUGUACACUAAAUGCACACUUGAGUUUGAGAGACCGAAUUCAUGGAGUCUUCCCUUCCUCUCACAGCAGAUGGUGUGGAAGUGAGAGGGUCUCUCCURUGGGAAUGACCCUUUGAAUGUGUCUGACUUGGCCAGCAAUGAGACAGUGUUUGUUUUGGUGUCUGAUCUUCAGUCUCCAGGCUGUGAAAAGGGCAGGGCUUGUUCAGAGGCCAGGCAGAGCUGGGGAAUGCAGUGCAGGAGGUUUGGUCAUGCUGCAAGCCUGCAAGUCCACCUGGACUGGAUGGCCACAGGCUCAGUGCAGGACCACAGCAGAGUCCCUGCACAGGGACCUGGUGUCUUCCUCAUCACACACAUAAACUGUUCCUGUUUUGUCCCAAUGCUUCAGCAAAUGGAGAACUUUCUGUAUGAGUAAAGCAGUGUUUAAUAUUAAUGGUACUGCUUAGAUCCCAGUUCAUGACAAUGUGGUGCAGUUGUGUAUCAGUCAUAUAAUCUAGAGUCCUACAAAGUGCCAGUGGUCGCCACUGAGGGAGGAAGGAGGGAGGUGCUCAAGCAKCCUAUGGCUACUAUAGGGAGGUUAUAUCUUCCUGAAGGAAAUGCCUUGCUUCCUCUCUUCAUCAUCUGUACCACUCUAAGUAGUAAAAUGUGCCUUUUAGGGCUUUGCUUUUCCCCAUCCUCAUCCUGACUUGUCUCCCUUUUACACCCACAGCAAGGCUUCUCCUCUCCUUCUUAUCUCACWUUCAUCYCUUUGUCCUUUGGGUGAAAAUACUAAAUUUUGCCAGAAUUACUGAAAUCCUGAUCUGGCCUUUGAUUUAUAAGAAUCUGUGUUAACAGCCCAGCUGUUGAGAGAGUUUGUAUUCCUGCCAGCCCCUGGAUUUUUCUGUCUAUGCAUAUCUAUGUUGGUUAGUUUUAGAUGCAUAGUAGUAAAGUACAUGGUAAAUUAAUUCCUGUCCAGUGAAGUUAUGAUUGCACAGCUGUUGAAAUCUGUAGUGGCCCUUUAUUCUAAUAUGUAACAUCUAUUGCACAACAAAAGAGUUAUGGUCCUCAGAAAGGAAAAGCUUUGUGUGUUACCUGGUUUUCUUGAGACUUGGCGUCUCUGACUUUGUAAAAGCUCUUCUGUUGUAUUGGGCAGAUGAUUUAUAUGCAUGCCUGUAAUGGAAUACGAAACAUGAAAUUUUGAACAUGAAAGUAAACUUCCUUUAUUUCUAAAAUUACAGAAUGUGUGUGGGAGAUUAAACUAGGCAUUGUUUAGAAAAUAAAAUAAUUAUUUCUUCAUCAGAAAUGAAAAAUCAUCCACAAAACAUUUUCAAUGGAUUUUGAAGCAAACUUGUAAUCAUUGUAAUAUUUCAGUGUGGGCAAAAUUCAGACCUCGUGAAAGGGAGAAAAUUCCAUUUAAGAGAAUUCAUAGCAGACCUGAACUUGGUUUUCUUCUUCUCAGCUUUUAACCAGAAGUUCAGAAGAAUGACUUCGCAGUUAUAUCCCCAUGUAGUAUAACUGGAUACAGAUAAGUAUCCAAUCAUACCUGGAGAGGAGGGAGCUUARUUCUGAUGAAUCAUUGACCUUUCAGCAACAGUCAUUGCUGCUUGUCCUGACCUGUUUUUCCGUGCUGAGUUUGGGUCGCUUGAGACCAGUGGCCUUGGCAGGGGUUGGGUACACACGAGCUUGUAAAGUCCCGUCAUAGACACUCAGGAUCUACAGAGAGGAUCAGGAAGGACAGGAGAGACAAAAGAAACCCUAUUUUUUUUAAUAUGUAUAAAAUUGUCUACUUGACCCUCAUAACUGAUUUUGGCAGAAGGAUAUACUUUAUUGUAACUUAUUUUGUUGUUAUUUGUAAAUACAAGAUGUCUAUGGGAAAUACGUAAUUCUGAGCUGUGUCUAUGGAAUAAGCCACUGCACCAAAAUAUUUCAAAUAUUUAGAAUAAGCAGAUUUUUUUAUUAAAAGGGACCUAAUAUGUAUUUAUUUACAUAUACCAUUCAAAAUUUGUCCAGCUUUUUCAUUAUACUAACCCAGCUUUUUAGGGAAUUUUAUAGCACAGGUAUUACAUAUAUAUUUUUGUAUAUAUGUCAUACUGUAAAUCCAUAAUACAAUUUUCUAAACUUUCUGAUUAGUCAGUUCCUUGAGUGAAUUAAAAGGGGAGAGUAUAGGCAGAUUGCUUUCUGACUCGUUCGGGAAUAUGUAUCUGUGGCAAUGUACCUGAACCAGAACUGUACAGCAUCCUUUUCAUAUUGUAUACAUUUUCUCUUUGAUGAAAAAAUGUUAACUAUUUUUGUGUAUGACUAAUUUAUUUUUUAUUAUUGUGAAAAAUAAAGUAACUCAAGAUA